AUGAAAGGGUUAGGAGCCAACCGCAGUCGUCACCUGUCCGACUCGUGUGAACCGACGGGAUGCCCCCAGAAGCCUCUCUGUCCUUUGACCUCUGACCCUCACAGCUCCUUUCUGUUAAGCCCCAAUAUAAACCACUAUGGCACCCUGGACCCCCAUCUCCACCAGUGUCCUCCUACCAGCCCCACCACCCCUGACUGCCUGCUGCCUUUCAGCCAGAUGUCCAACAGCAGCACCUUCCCUCGUCUGCACUUCACCUCCCAGACUGAACAGGUCGACUGCUCCCAGGCCUGUAUGGCUGGUGGUGGUGGAGUUGGGCAGGGCAGCAGAGGAGGUACACUACCCAACUCUUUGUCUAUGGGCAUGGGCUUGGGUCUGGGCCUUAGUGGUGCUCCCAUGAUUACCAGUGGAUCAGCCACCAUCUCCUCUGCAGCAGCAGCCAAGAUGAAUCGGUUACCCUCCAACCUUUUGGAUCAGCUAGAGAGGCACCUGCCUCUGCAGCGCGAUGGCUUCAGUACGCUGCAGUUUCAUAGAGGACGUAUGUCAAAGCAACGCAGUGAGAGCCCAGGACGCAUUCGCCACCUGAUGCACUCUGUGCAGAAGCUAUUUGCCAAGUCCCAGUCCCUGGAAAAUUCUGCAAUCAAAGGCAGCAUCAACGGGCGCUCUGCUGGAGGAAUGACUGGCACUACAGGUGAGGACGGUGGUAGACCAACCCGCAGGAGCAAGAGUAAAGACAGGGCUAAAACUGAGGGGCCAAAGCAGAGACCUAGGCCCAAUGCAUUAGGCCUCUGGAGCUCAGAUGAUGCCCUGGACACUGACACCACCAAAGCUGGCACUAUUGCUGUAGGUUACCGCAACCCACUGACCAUGAUGACUCUUGGCAGAGCGGUGUCAGACAGCCAGGCCAGACAUAUCCCACAGGGCUACAACACCAUUUCUGCACAUACUCUCAAGACCUCGAAAAGCAGCAGUGACCUCAAGUUUCUGGCAUGCCCGACGACACAGGUAGGAUCCAAGGAAGAGGAGGUACGAACCAGGGGAAGCAAGGAUGAUAUACUGGUGAAGAGAGGCUCCUGGUCCACUCUCACCCUCAGCCAGGCCAGGCAAGUGUUGCAGAAGGGCUCUGCUACAGUCAACAGGACCCUUCUUAAAUCAAAGUCAUGCCACCAAGACCUGGCACAACAGUUCCUUCAGGUAGGAGGGCCAGUCCCACUAGGGGACUGGGCAGGAACUCUGGGUCGUGGCCGGGCCAGAGGAACUGAGAUCCCCUGUCGAAGGAUGCGCAGUGGCAGCUAUGUAAAAGCUAUGGGAGACUUAGAAGACAGUGAGGACUCAGAGGGGAGCCCCAAACCUUCCCCCAAAUCUGCUGCCCGUCGCCACAGCUACCUGAAGGCCACCCAGCACUCCCUGAGUGAGCAGCAGCCACCUCCACCUCCACGCAACUCCCUGCCGUCUCUGAAAGAGCUGUCGACUAACCGGAGCCUCGAUAACUUGGACUGCCUGGUGAGCCCACUGGAGGCCCCGCCACGCUACAGGAACAAUGAUUUCAGCCAAUGUUCCGGUACAUUGGGCCGAGGCUCGGGCACUCAGCGUGUGAGUCUGCACACGUUCUUUCAGGUAUGCGGGCAGGGCUUUGGGCACUCAGUACCGUACUGUGAGGGGGAAUCGCAGGCGGUGGAAGCUCUGGAUCUACCUGCGCCUACGUGCUUCCGGUCGCGCAGCCACAGCUACCUGCGGGCGAUCCAGGCAGGCUGCUCCCAGGACGAAGAUACGGCCUCCGUGGACUCAGACUCACCACCGCCCACCACUACAGGCUACAGCUACAGCUCCAACACCCUCAGCAAUAGAAAGGCUCCUCCUCCGGUCCCGCCCCGCACCACAUCCAAGCCCCUCAUCUCGGUGACGGUGCAGAGCAGCACCGAGUCGGCCCAAGACACGUACCUUGACCAGCAAGAUCGUGGCAGCGAGGCCAACAGCCAGUCGGGGCGAAGCAACUCCUCCGACAGUCUCUGUAGCAUCCGCACAGGCAGUCUGGCUAAGGGGGCCCGACCUCCACCAAUCCCUGUCCCCGUUGCAACCCUCGCACCCGCCGCAGGCUCUGUACCUCCUGUUCCAGCCCCUCGCGACCUCCCUCCCACCACCGCCGUCGCCACUACCGCCACUUCCACAUCUACCCAGCCCCAAAAUGACACCGUGAGCAUCUGUGUCACCCUAGAGCAGCCCCCAACUGCAACCAAGAGGAAACUGUCCUCUAUUGGAAUCCAGGUGAGGACCGUCUGCUUUUCCUUUUGUGUUGUGAGGUUUCACUGGGAGAUUAAAGCUACCAUCACAGUUGUAUUUGACUGUUUUUUUGUUUUUUUUUUUGCUCAUUAUUUUUUCAGUAACUGUCUGUCAGAAGCUGAUGUGUAUGCAUGUCUCUGCAGUCUCAGCCGGGACAGCAGCAUGGCCUCUAGACAAAAUACAGAGACUGAGCCUCAUGAGCCCCAGGAUGCCACACCCACAGAAAACAACACAGCCAACUGCACCAACAGUCAAACGGUGAAUACCACGGCAUCCAACAGACAGGACAAAGCCAUGGAACAGCAGCCCCGUAAAAACACCUCGGUCCCAUCCAGGAUAUCAACCUCUCCCCCGGAGACUCUGGACCCGGCUUUAGACCCCUCCUCGCUGCCACCGCCAGAUCCCAGCCUGGAGUCCGGAAACUGCAGCUCCCACGGAGAUGCUGUUCAGCCCAGCACGCCAUCUUGCCUGCGAGACGGUAACUGGUUUCUGAAGCUGCUGCAGGCGGAAACAGGCCGCAUGGAGGGCUGGUGUCAACAGAUGGAGCAGGAGACCAAAGACAACAAGCUGUCAGAGGAGGUGUUGGGGACGAUCCGCAGUGCAGUAGGCAGUGCUCAGCUCCUCAUAUCAAAGAAGUUUGAGCAGUUCAGAGGCCUCUGUAAUGAGAACUUGAACGUAAACGCCAACCCGCGACCAACGGCACAGGAUCUUGCAGGAUUCUGGGAUCUGCUACAACUCUCAAUAGAAGACAUCAGCAUGAAGUUUGAUGAGCUCUACCAACUGAAAGCCAACAACUGGCAACUCCCCGAGAAGCCAGAGAAGAAGGAUGAAAACAAGCAGCCUCCGUCAUCUGUGCCAAAGAAGCAGUCUAAGCCCAAGCUGUCAGCGGGGAAGGACAGGAGUGUGGACUCGGCUGUGGACAAGCAGCGGCAAGAAGCCAGGAAAAGGUUGAUGGCAGCAAAGCGCGCGGCAUCAGUACGGCAGAACUCCGCCACGGAAAGCGCUGAUAGCAUCGAAAUCUACGUCCCCGAGGCCCAGACCCGCCUCUGAGAGCGAACCGGCACCGACCAUCGAGGAAAAAUCCUGUCUCACUUCAGACAUUCAUUGACACAAACACACAGACAAAUCUGACACGAACACGCAGAUGUAUAACGGAUGCACAGAGGCCACUCCCUCAUAGCAGCACAGCUGAUGACAGGGGACACGUGGGGAUCACAGGGCACAGAAACAAUCCAGAAUAAUGCAGAUCAUCACCCUGCUGCCAUGGGACUGAAAUAACCUUGACAGAUGCUUAAUACUAUUGUUAUUGUUAUUAUUGACAUUAUAAUAAUUAUUAUCUCCUAAAGUAUAUCAGGACUGUCUUAAAUGUGCAAGUAUCUUGGAUAAGGACAUCCUGUACCUUGUGAGCUGACGAAUCUUGGUAUCCCAGAAGUUUACUCUCUUAAAACUCCCUUCACUGCUGAGUCUACCGGCAAGUUGUGGCUGCCUGGUUUACGAGCUGAGCUACCAUCCACACACACUCAGGACACACAUGCAGGUGUACUCGCUGUCCACAGAGUCUUCCUGUUCUCUAUUUGUAUUAGGCUGCCACUCAUUGGGUGUGGUGUGUACGCUUUACGGUGUAAGAAUUAUAAGAUGGUGUUAAUGUACUCAGAGGUUUAAAAAUGCAGAGAACCAGAGGAAGGCAGUAGCAUAUAUAUUAGAAAUAUCACACUAUUACAAUGUUCAUUUUGUAAAUGUUGUAUACCAGAUUAUUUGUUAGAAAGAGGUCAGUGUUCAGUACCAAGGUAGUUUUUUAUAGAUUGAGUACAUGUACUGUCAUGAUAUAUUAGCACUUGAUGCAAUCAUCCACUCCGCCUCUCUCUCUCUCUCUUCCUCUCCUUUUCACAAACGCACACUACACAGUCUGUCUGUGAAUAGCCAUUGUUAAAGUCUUACAUUUGUUUGUUUUUUUGUGAAGGGAUGUGAGGAAUGACUGCCCAGCCAGUGAGCUACAGAGGAAUGUAUGAAAUGUAUGCAUUUACAGCUCGUGUCGACUUGAUCACUGCACUUUCCAUUCACCUCAGAUCAAGUUUGCCCUCCUUUGUUUGCCUAAUCAUUCUGACUUUCACUGCAUCCUCACGUGAUGUAGGGGACCAAGACAUUCACCACUUGAUAUGGCAUUCCCAUUCAACCAGACUAUGUGUGAUAGGGUGGGGGUUUACUUGCUACUGGAAAGGAAAUGGAAUAGCAUAGCAAUAAUAAAAAUCGUAUUAGAGCAAGCAAUGCAGUAGGUACCCAGUCUUAAAUUAUUUAAUUCAGCAUUUCCAAUAAUUUCUUAUGAAGGAUGAAUGUUUCUUUUAUUAACUGACUGCCCUUGAAAUGACUAAAAUCUCAGGUCGCAUACUCAAACUCAACAGUGAAAACCACUAUGGGUGGAUUAUUUAUUAUAUAACUAUGAAAUGAAUUGGCCGAAUGCUCAGAGCUGUUGCCAGAUAAUUCAGUUCCAGACCUACUCAGUGUUCUUAAAUAGGAAAAACAAGUUUUGCUGCAGUGAAGUACAGGUUUAAUUUGACUGCUAAACCCAGCAGUUUCCUUCACUCCCCUUUCUAGCAGCUUGAACUCUCACCCCCUGUUUGUUGAGAAGAUAACUGUGGUACAUUAUUUUUAUUUAAAUUUUAAUGCCAUUUGACACGUUUUGUGACUUUAAUCCGAAACGAGGUCAAUCUAAACGUGUCUUGGCUUCUGUAAUUAUAAUAAUUAAUGGUGCUGCGAGGGACUUCAAAUUGUGCCAACACGGCAAUGAUCAUCAACAUUUCAGUGUCAUUUUAACACACAGGUUUUAUUUAAAGUGAUUCUUUUUUAUUUAAUCUGCUCAUGAAUUCCGCUGUCUGUGUGCGCAUUCUCAGCAAAGUUUGUUUGUGUUUGCAUCAGCUCACUCCAGAUAUGCUAUGACUCGUCUCUGCAUGAACUCAUGACACUUUGACUAUGGGACUGGAAUAUUUUCCAUGUCUCAGUUUUCCCAAAUGGAGCAGUGCCAAGGGUACAUGAGUGGAACCGGGCAUAGCAGAUACUCAUGCACAAAUGUAGGUUGACUCACUUUUUUUAAUUUGUGGUUUAUUUUUUAUUUUUUUUAGUAAGAGCUGGCUCUCCCCCUACUGGUCAGUCCUUGCGUGACACUCCAGACAUCUUGUUCUGCUCCAUCUUGAAUCUUUAGUUUAACAUCAAACAAGAAAUGAAGUUGAACUGGGAAUGCUGACACAACUCCAGGUUGUUGAUUUUCUUAUUCUCUUAUUUGUAUUACAUCAACAAUGGACAUGUGCAUUUCAUUGUCCAAAGAAAUCAUUAAACAUCCCUUUGCUACA